AUGAAUUUUGUAAGCUGGUUGAUGAUGACAACAAGUCAGUCGAAUGCAGACCAUUAAACGUUAAUCACUAGAUUUAAUAAAAUAAAUGAUUUUUAUUACUUUAAUUGUUUGAAAUAUAAUUAUUUUAAAAAAUGACACAAGGACUGUCAAUAAUGGAAAAACCCCUGUCACUUUCGACAACCCGACGACGUUUACAUCCGCGUAAAUGUGUUUUUGUUUCGUUUUUUUGUGUGACAAUAUCAAGUUUAUUACUUUUCAUAAUAUUUUGGUGUACAAAUAUAUUUCAAAAUGCCAUAUUGUCAAGUUUGGUUGUUAAAAAUGGGCCAAUGCUUGAAUGGUUCAUAAGGCCUCCAAUUCGCGCCAUUUACAAAAUUCGUAUUUUUAAUUAUACAAAUGUUAUGGAUUACGAAAGUGGAAAAGCUAAAAAAUUAAAAGUCAAAGAAACAGGACCUUAUAUUUAUCGAGAAACACUCACGCGUAUUAACAAUAUUUUUCAUAGUGAUGGUAGCAUUAGUUUUCAAGAAAAACGUUCGUAUCAAUGGGAAGGUGGAAGUCCCGAUGAUGAAAUAGUUGUGGUACCAAAUGUACCUCUGUUAGCUUCGAUGGCUACUAUGAGAAAUGCACCAUUUUUUGCUCAAUUAGCAUUCACGGGUGUGUUAUCUACACUGCAAUCUAAAACAUUUUUGACGCUACCAGUUAAUGGAUUACUUUGGGGAUACGACGAUAGAAUAUUUGAAAUUGCAAAGCCAUUUAUUGCAUUACAAAAUGAAAUUCCAUUUGAUAAAUUUGGUCUACUUGCUUUUAAAAAUGGAAUUUCAUCAGACGUAAUUACAAUUAAUUCCGGAGCUAAUGAUUUAAGUAAAAUUAAUAUGAUUAAAUUAAUAAAUGGAAAAAAACAUAAAAAAGUGUGGAAUGAUAAAAAAUGUGAUAGUAUUUAUGGUACGCAGGGAUAUAUAUUUCCAUCAGAUAUGUUCAACCGCCCCAAUGCGACUUUGGAAGUUUAUUCCAAUGAAAUGUGUCGUACUUUGUACCUUCAUAACACGGGAACAAGUUCGUCUUUUGGGAUUCCCUCUCUUACAUUCAAACCACCUAAGGAUACAUUUCAUUAUUCACCGGACAAUAACUAUUGCUAUUGCCCGGAAUCAGUACCGGGUGUUGAGUCAACAAGAACCUGUCCCCCGGCUGGAAUAUUUAAUUCCUCAGCUUGUAGUUUUGAUAUGCCAUUUUUAGCAUCUUUUCCACAUUUUUACACUGGUGACAAAAUUUUAAUGGAAAAAAUCGAUGGUUUAAAUCCACAGGCUGAAUUACAUGAAUCCCGCCUCGAGCUCCAUCCAAGACUGGGAAUAUUGAUAGGCGGAGUAUCACGAAUCCAAUUGAAUAUUGAAGCACGUCGCGCUAUUGGAAUGCCAUUUCACGGUGGGCUUGACGAUGGUCAAAUAUUGCCAUUACUGUGGAUUGAAUUAACGAUAGACGAUAUUCCAGAGCCGUUGCUCAGUUCUCUAAAGCAUGGAUAUUACACAGCAGCUGCUGUUGAAACUGGAAUACAGUGGGGUAGUGUUAUUAUUCUUAUUUUAUCAUCCUGUCUAUUGAUGCACGUAUGGAGAAAACAAAAAAAAGAUUUAGCGUCGACAACUACUAAACAUCUUUUUGAUAACGUUGGACAAGAAAACAAAGUACCCGAUGAUAGUAAUAAUGAAUUACCAGUAUAAUGAUAGUUUUACAGAUUAUCCAUAACUUUUUUUAACUACACAAGAAAAAGGAUUUCUUGGCGCAUGAAAAAAUUUUCUGCACGAAAAAAAAUAGUAGUGGCUACUCUCUG